AUGAAAACUGUUCUGGUUGCCACAUUUGUCGUAGCAGUUGCCACGCUGCUCUUCUCUCCCGUAAACGUGAUGGGCUACGUCGGCAUCUUCCUGUGCUUCCUGCUGAGUGCCCUUGGAACAGCCAGGGGAAUCCUUUCAAUUGCCACCUACGUGAGUGGAGCAUCCAUCAAGGCGCCUCGAAUUGGAACCAAGUCGAUUCUGGGGACUGUCGUAUGCGAGGCCAACUUCCUGACUGGAAUCAUCACGUGUGUCAUGCUAAAUAACACCAUGAGCCACAAGCUGCCUGAUAAGGCCCAUUACAUCUACUUCUGUUCAGGACUGUUUGUUGGAAUCUGCAACUACUUCUCGUCAGUUGCCACUGGUCUCCUCUGUGCCGUGAUAUCGAUGAUGGAUGCUCGAGACCCGUCGCUCUUCUACAAAAUCGUAGUCCUUGAAAUCAUCCCAGCCAGCGUGGGCCUGGUUGGCUUCAUUAUGGGAAUUGUCCUGAAUUCAAAGGCACCCUCGUUUAUGGAAGUAAACCAAUGA